AUGGCACCCUGUAGUACAUUACGACAGUCUGUCGCCAUGAAUCACCUCUCCUCCUGUGUUCUCUGAAAUGGUAAUCGAACUUUCAAACCAUCAAGUGCUUCAAAGAGUUCCUUGAGCUUGAUCGCAGACGGUCCAAAUCCAUUUUUGUUUAGCUUCAUCGACCUUUGACCCGCUAACAAUUUAAUUCAGAGAGAGAAAAAAUGAUGGUGGGAAAAGAACUUGUGGAGGAUCAGACAUUUCCUCCAGCACGCAUUGAACACUCAGAGCGUCAAAGAAGCAAUCACACUUUCGUCGUUGCCUCUUUUUGUGUGUCGUCAAAUCUCGGUUUUUCCAUAUUUGGCUUCCCACAAUUGAGGCUUGGAGAUGGAUGGUAUGACUCCUUCCAGGUUUGUGGGCGGGUAGCAUCUUGUGUGGCAUUUAUUUGGACAGGAGGUGUCUCUAAACCCGAGAUUCAAGUCAUUUCUGCAUUAGAGUACGAAAGUUUGCCCGAUGGAGCGUGUUUCAAUCGGACAAUGAGUCAAGAGCCCAAUGGACUUGAACGUCGAGAAUGUCACAACAGCUCACAGCAACACACGUCCAAGAGAAAUCGGAAUAACAUCAACAACAAUAUCAACAACAACAACAAUAACACCCAUCAUCGAUUUCUGACAGCCACUCUGGACUCUAACAUGAGAGUCACCCGAAAUGCAAAGUAUUUGGGAUGCUUCCAAGUCCAAGCCGCGAGUCAGAAUGGAAGAGCAGACUAUGUCAGGAAGCAGUUACUUCAAAUGAAGGACUCUCCGGAACAUUCCAACGUGAGCAUCACAAUCUCUCUAACUGGUGUUCAAGUUACCCAUCAGGACGAAGAGGUGAGCACCAGUACAUUCUAUGCCCUGAGAAGAAUUUCUUACGCCACCUGUGAGCCUUCGACGUGUCUGAUGGCAUUUUUGGCUAGAGAGCCUCAGGCUCCUCUUCAUCUGCAGCAUUGUCAUGUCUUUCGAGCUCCAAAUCCUGAACAGGCCGAAGACCUCAACACAUUGGUGGGCAAGGCUUUUCGGACCGCAUAUGCGGUUCAAUUGUCAGAAGAGCGGGCUUCGGAUUUGGAUCCAGAUUCAUCACCCUUAAACAGCACCUACACCUAUAGCAGACGGUGUCGAGAUAUUCCACAGAGCCGAUCAGCUGAGAGUCUUCUAUCUGGUCCUUCUUUGCGUGAACAGGAUCCCAUCUAUGAAUGCACGGAUUUCGUUCGGGAAAGCCGCAUUCGAAUGUCAGAUCAAACCCUGGCUAAAGCAAGACUGAGCACCAUAUCCAGAGAUAAUUUGAGGUAUCGAAGUUUCCAUCAACCUGAUAUGCGAGCCCAUCCUAGAUUGCUCCCAACCCUGCCCAAGAAUGUGAAUCAUGUUGAAACCCUCAUAUCACCAGCCGCCUCUGAUGUGUCCCAAACCUCAAUGGUGUCUUCGUCGAGGUCGUUUGCCAGGUUCAGGCCCAUCAAGCCCAACACUCUACCCGUUCUAAAUUGCCUGUUUGCCGCCUUGAACAACAACGAUGAGGACACACCCUAUUGCGAGGUACCGCCCUCCCUGUCCUGCAACAACAACCACAUCAACACCAAGAGACAGAGCUGCACCCCAAUCCCAUCCAGUCACAAAUCGUCGGCGUACCUGAACGAUAGUAGUACUGCAAAUUCGGAGAGCUCGGGCGAUUCCAUGAGUCAUCCUCCACCACAACCAAUUCAGUUGAGCAUGGGGAGUAACUUUCAGCAUUUGGGGAAGUCCAAAUCGGCCCAUUUGAUCAGCAGCUGUGAUGUCUAUUCGGAAGUGGCGGAUUCCAUGACUUUGAUCAAUCGACGCGCUCAAAGACGUUCUCAAAAUUGGAGCAUAGAUGAACUUCGCUCCAUACCCAACGGUAUAGGGACAGUGUACCGUGACGUCACGCCAGCGUCCGACAGUCCAAGUUGCCAGAGCUCUAGAACGAACCGAGGUCACUCCAGUGGAUUUAGCUCAGGAGAAGCUAGUUGCACGAACAGCUCAGGAACCACACCGCCUCCUCUGAAUACAUCCAUUCAUCAGCUGACAUUGGGUGAAUCAAUCACCCUGCACAGUGAGAAUGGUGGAAACCUCGAGGAUUCAGAGAGCAUCUUGGAGGAGCCAGAGCUUGAAACUGCUCCAUGGUUCCAAGCAGGAAUGCCUCGAGAUUUGGCCUUGGAAGUUCUAAGUCGGGAACCAGAGGGCGCUUUUAUUGUGCGUGAGUCUAAUAGUCGAAAUACAGGAUUGGCAUUGUCAGUUCGAGUUCCCUUGGACUUUCAUCCCGGAGGAAUUGCACAUUAUCUUGUUGUCAGAGCUCCUCGUGGUUUCCGAAUUAAGGGUUGCCAGAAGCAGUUCCCCUCCAUCACGUCCUUGCUAGUCCAUCAUUCAGUGAUGCCAGAAAUGCUGCCCUGUCCCUUGUCUUUGAAUCGGUACAACCCGACGUUUCGACCUGGUGAGGAGGACGGCAGUGAUGCCGGAGACCAAGGCGGAGAUUACCUGGACCCUGACCGGGAUUACGACCUCAUAGCACAAUUACGCGAGGGCCUUUUAAUGGAUGAUAUCUACCAAUGAGCUAGCCAACCUAGCGUUUGUAUGUGUUUGAAUGUGACUGCUUGGGUGGAUGUUCAGCCAUGUGGAGAACCUCUCUACGUUUAUGCGUCUACAUGCUCCAUUCAUAGGUUGGACUUUUCAUGGCGUUAAAUUGAAAACGAGACUCGCGAGUUGUCACAGAAAUGAAAUGAUUUUUUGACAUUUCAUUAAAUCAUGUUGGACAUGGAUUCAAGAUGUCACACAAGGAUCUUAGACGUUUCGUGGAACAUUGUCGUGUGUGUAAGAUGGAGGAUGUGUUCCUCUAAUGCAUUUUUACAUGCCUUGAAUGACUGUCGCAUGUGCCAACCAUGAUUUGACAUGUUGAAAAUCCUUCUCUAUUGUCAAAUAAAUCAUCUAACUUCAAUGAA